CCUCAGAAUUAUUAUUUCCCUAAGAUUGUUGUAGUUUCCUCAGAGAUGUUGUUGCCCUAAGCUCGUUGUUGUUGUUUACUCAGAGAUGUUGUUGCCAUAAAAGCGUUGUUGUUUUUUCCUCAGAGAUGUUGUUGCCCUAAGCUCGUUGUUGUUGUUUACUCAGAGAUGUUGUUGCCAUAAAAGCGUUGUUGUUUUUUCCUCAGAGAUGUUGUUGCUCUAAGAGAGUUGUUGUUGUUUCCUCAGAGAUGUUGUUGCCCUAAGAGCGUUGUUGUUGUUUCCUCAGAGAUGCUGUUGCCCUACGAAACGUACGGUACAGAAUUCAUUUCCUUCAACAUCCUCGGCAGGUUGUCGCAGGGGCUUGUCGCAGUCGUCGCCUCUAAAAACAACACAGAGGUCAAGCUGUACACCAACAACAACGGCACCACCUCCUCCGUGUUUCUCCAGCAGACCGGUGAUUGGGUGUACUUGCCUGUAUCAGGCUUUAAUUAUUAUUUCAAAGCCGACAAGGCGAUCCAGGUAAUCUACGUGCAUCGCUCUGUUUGUCGGAGUCAGGAAGGUGGGAUCAACGAAGAGGACCAAGGUGGUCCUUCUCUAGGACUGCUGCUGCCCAUGGAACUCUUUUACGAUCAUUUUAUUUGGAGCACUCCUUUUACUGAAGGGAAUGCUAACUUUAGCAACUAUGCAACAUAUGUGGCCGAUGCUAACAACAUUCCAUACAUGAGACUUGACCAUAAUCUAUUAAAUAUCACUAAUUGGGAGAAUGUGAUUGGUCAGCGUGAAUACAGAGUCGGCAGCUUACAGGUCAGCAAGGGUCUACACACCACCUUCGUCAUCACCACCAGCAAGUUUGUCUGCUACGUCUACGGUUUCGCCGACCACGCCAGCUACAUGCUGGCCCCCAACUUCAUCUCCUCGCCCAUCAACUUACCUUGCACGAGGUCUGUCACUUUCAUGAUGCCUGGAGAUUUGAGAGACAAUGACUGUGACUUCUUUGUGGAUGAAGAAGCCUUUGAUAACAUUGAUAAUGACGCUGACGGGUCGAUAGAUGAAGAUCUGGGCUUACCCAACAGAGAAUGCGAACUCGGUUACUGGGGUCAGUUCUGCAGGAACGAAUGCUCCAACUGUGAGAUGGGUUGUGACAGACACACCGGAGCCUGCCUUCAAUGCAAACCCGGGUUUAAAAAUCCGGAAACAGGAUGCCAACUAGGGUGUGGAGAAUAUGAAUACGGUCGAAAUUGUAUUGGUGAUUGUAAGCUGAAAUGUAAUAGUGAUUGCGUGGAGAGACGACACGGAACAUGUCCUUCAUACAGUUCAGUAGCUGUCACGUGGGUGGCCGUCACUGCCGUCAUGGCUCUAUCCGUGCCCCUCUGCUUCUUGUGCUCAGCGAUGUUUUCCAAAAAAUACAAAAGUUUCCACGACGAACCGGAGAAUGAGGUGGUGUACGCCGCCAUUACGACUACCGGAAGUGGGUUGUCUUCACUGCACAAAGGCCGCACCUCGAUCGGGAGUUCCAUAAACUGAAUGGGCAUUAAAAUAAAAUGAAAGAC